GGCAAUAGAGGGCUGUGAGGAGGUUAGGGGGGACACGGUGCUAUAGGGAGCUUUGGAGGGGGUUUGUGGAGGGGUACAGGUGGGACAUAGGGAGAUAUGAGGUUAUAAAAGGCUGUAGGGGAGCUACAGGAGGCUUGCAUAGGCUCUAGUAAAGUAUAGGGUAAUAUGGGGCUAUGACGGGGCUAUAGGGUAAUGUGGGGAGAGGAGGGAUAGGUAAAGGCCCAGAUAUAGAAACGAUAAGGGGGACAAAAGGGGCCAACGGAUGGAUAUAAAGUAACUUCAGGGGGCUGAAAGAAAAAGUAAUAAAAUAAAAAGUAAGAAAAGAUAAAAAGUCUAAAAAAGAAAAACCAACCAAGAAACAAACAAGCAACAACAACAACAAAAAUGGGGAGGGUUGUAAGGAAAAUAGAAAUAAAGAGGAAAGAAAGAGAAUAAAAAGUGAAAAGCAAUGCAUGUAAAUGUAGAGAACACAAGUAGGAAAGCUAACCAUAGCACAGCAAAGCAAGGCAAGGCGAAGAAUGAAACAAUGCAACCUUGCAGGAAUGGAGGAAUGGGGAAGAGCUGAGCCCCGGCUUGCCACAGGAGCUGCACGGAAGGAGAAGCUGGGCCCAAAGCCCGGCCGUUCCAGCACUCCACAUGACAGUCAGUGGCCUCCUGCUGCUCCGCAGGGCUGGGAAUCCUCCCUCAGCACGGCAGCGAGCCCAGGGGCAGCGGCCCUGGUGGCGGAACAGCUGUGAGCUCCCGAUGCUCAGCCUGGUGCCGUGAGCUCACGAUGCUCAGCCCACACCCCAGGCGUUCCGUGCUGCAGCACGGUGGUGGCAGCAUGGCACGAGUGUGGGGGGCCGCGGCCCCCGCCCGCCUUGCUCUCCUCCUCCUACUGGUGGCCACGUGUUCCCAGGAGACUGGUGCUGCUCCGUGGCGAGCACCAGCAGAUGACGCUGAUGCUCCUUAUCCAGAGGAUUGGGUGGACAUUGCUUUUGUGCCUCAGGAGAACCCCAGAGGUCUUCUCGGUGAAUUAGCAGAGCGGAGUCCUGUUGCUGAGCCUGGGCUGGAUGCCAGAGGUCCUGAGAUAUGGAAAGAGACAUCGAGAACUGGAAAAUAUCCGCAGAGGCUCUCCCAUGUCCUGAAGAAAAUCAUGAAGGAGAAGGCAGCACAGGAGGCAGACAGAGAGCCUGGGCACAGGGAUGCAUUUCAGGCAGGCAGCCGUCACACACCGCACGUCCCUCUGGGAGAAACAGAGGCCAAGCACACGACUGGCGCUCCAGUGCUGUUAGAGCCCCAGGAAGCCCUGUACAACUGGAUCCGUGGUUUUUUUCUGAAGAAUCCAGGUGUGGAUGAGGAAGGACGUGCAAACGCCGAGCAAGUUAAAGAUGCACAGAAGUUGUACCUGGAACUUGCCUCAUCUGUGCCGGUUUCCCUGUUGCUAACGAUGAUUCUGUGCUGCAUUCUUUUCUGGUGGUGCAGGAAGAGAAAGCAGCGCCUCGCUGCAGCUGACGGAGUGCGGGACGAUAGCAGCAGCUACAGCUCGCCGUCAGAGGAGGAGUCUGCUGACCUCGAGUGGCCCGACAGACGGACAAACCACCAACCAUCUAUGUGGCAACAACCUGCCCACCAGCCACAGGGCACCAGCAGAGCGGCCCCUGCCAGGCUGGACAGCAGCCGGGCUCAGCUACCCCCGCCUCGACCCCCGCGGCCCCCCAGCCCGGGCUCUGCAUCGCGGGGGAUCAGCAACAGGCCCAGCAGCCCCUGGCCCCAGUGGGCAUCAAUGCCUCCCCCUCAUCCUCCUCCGCCAUCCUUCAAGGGACAGAAGGAACCAGCCGGGGGUGGAGGCUUGCGGUCAUCGGCCAGCACCGAACCGAUUGCUCCCCAGCAGAUGAGCGACAGGCCCAGCAGCCCCCAGCCACAGCGGGCAUCAACGCCGCCCCCCCCGUCCCCCACCACCAUCCUUCAGGGAACGGGAGCAGUCUCCUCAGCAUGUCGGCUCAGCGGCAUCGUCCAGCACCUGGAUAACCACUGCCUUGGGGGAGCCUGAGAGACCCAGCAGCCCCCAGCCCCCCCCGGCACCACCUCUGCCCCCCUCCUCCUCUCCACCAUCCUUUAGGAGGUGGGAGCAGCGCCCCCAGGGUGUCAGCUCAGGGGCAUCAUCACACCCCUGGAAAACCACUGCCAGGGGGAAACAGACCAGGCCUGGCAGCCCCCAGCGCCGCCUCUGCCAUCCCUGUUCCCUCCAUCACCUGUCAGGGAAUGGAAGCGAUCCGCACAGAGUGCCGACUCGAGGAAACUGUCCGACAGGACAGCUGCUGCCAGGGGGAAGCAGGACCUGCCCAGCAGCCCCCGGCCUCCCCAGGCGCCGUCACCAGCCUCCUGUUCCCCUUCACGAUCCUUCAGGGGACGGGAGUGGCCUCCCCAGGCCUCCCCGCUGCCCUCCCCCUCCUCUCCACCAUCCUUUAGGAGGUGGGAGCAGCCCCCCCAGGGUCUUGGCCUGGGGGAAUUAUCCAGAAGACCGACAACUGCGGCCUGGGGGAAGUGUGAGCAGUUCAGCAGCCCACAGCCGCCCCGAGCACCAUCCUCUCCCUCCCCUCAAGCAUCUUUCAGGCGGUGGGAGUGGCCCCCCCAGGGCAUCAGCUCAGGGGCUUCAUUAGAUAAGUGGAAGACCACUGCCAGGGGGAAGCAGACCUGGGCCAGCAGCCCCCAGCACCCCCCAGCACUACAUCUGCCCUUCCGCUCCGCUCCACUCUUCAUCGGGAGGUGAGAGCACCCCCAGCAUGCGGGUUUGGGACACCGUCGGACAUCCGCAGAACCGCUGCUGUCAUGUACCUCAGAUUACCAAUAAACAAAAUAACAUCACA